GGUUGUCAGGGGUCCGUGUCACUCUCGGAGAGGGUGUAUAAGAGGUCUGGGUGCCACGGAAGAUACAGAACUUCAACAUUCACCUGGGAGUCACUCCGGAACGAGCCAACGCAUUCGCCUUGUGCUGUACACUGGGAGAUCAGCAAUAGAGAUGACUGGAGCCGCCGUGUCCGUGUGUCUACUUUACGCCCUGUCUGUCUGUUCAGCCUGCUACAUCUCCAACUGUCCCAUCGGGGGCAAGAGGUCCAUAAUGGACGCUCCACAGCGCAAGUGCAUGUCUUGUGGGCCAGGGGAGCAGGGCCGCUGCUUUGGCCCCAGUAUCUGCUGUGGGAAGGAUGUGGGCUGCUGGAUGGGCUCCCCGGAGACGGCACACUGCAUGGAGGAGAACUACCUGCCCACCCCCUGCCAGGUGGGAGGGAGACCCUGUGGAUCUGAUACAGCACGCUGCGCCUCACCGGGAGUCUGCUGUGACUCAGAGGGCUGCAGUGCGGAUCAAUCUUGUUUCGCUGAGGAGGAAGGCGACAAUCAAAUCGGCCAAUCAGAGGGCAGCAACUCUGCAGACGUCAUCCUCAGGCUCCUGCACUUGGCUGACCACACACCUCCUCAUAGAGUCCACCAAUGAGCUGCAAGUGACGCCAGGGUUCCAUGGGGGUCACUUGAGGGAUUGGUUGAUAGGAUUUGUAGUUCAAAGUUAGGGUUUGUAGUUCAAAGUUACCUAGAUAUAGUUCACCCACCCAUUUACUGACCUCCUUCUUCAGUAUAUAUUGGCAACCUCACUGGAUGGGACCUAGCUAAGAAUUUAACUCUGUGUUUGACAUUUAAUGUAUAUCAAAACACUGGAGUUAAAUUCUUAGCUAGGACCCUGAGCACUCCUCUGUAGAUUGCCUUUAUAUUGCAUACUUAAAUAUUGUAGCUAUAUACUGUAUGUACAGAAAUAGCUUUAACAAUUCUAAUACGUGUAAAGAGUCCAAAUGUGUAUGUUAAUAAAGCUUGUGCGAGUAUG